CGCCGUCGUCCACGUCGAACACCAGUACCCGAGUGGAGGAAACCAGCUCGGAUGAUGAUGACGAUGCCGAUGACAGCGGCCAGCAACAUUCGGCGGCCAAAAAGCUCAAGUUGAGCAUCGAGGCGUUAAAUAGCUUGCCGUCGACUUCGAGAGGAUUCCCGGGGGCCGCCAGUAGUGCUGCUAACGGGGAGGGCAGUAGUGCCAAUGCGUUACAACAAUGGUGCGGGGCCGAGUGGAUUGUGCCAUGCGCGGCGAACGGCGCUGAUUGCUGCGGGCAGUAGUAGCACCUAUUCCGCCAUGGAUACACCCAGCACGAGUACGGGACUGACCGGGAAUGGAAGAAAUCUGCUGUUCCACAUCGCCUCGGCCACCAACGACGACGAUGACGAUUCCGACGACGACCCAUCGAUCCCGGACCGGCCCCUCUCGCCGGACAACAUGCUCCGGGUGAUCACGUCUCCGAUCAACCACUUCGAAAUCCCAUCGAACUCGACCGCGGUCCUGACCGUGGAUCACAACGAUAACAAUAUCCUAGACCACAGCAACAAUAAUACUAGCUAUGUGAACCAUAAUAACAGUAGUAACAACAAUAAUAACAAUAGCACUAGCAGUAGAUCGAGUACCAUCCUAACCAAUAGCGUAAACUCGGACACUGCAACACAACAGAAUGGCUCCAAUGGAGCCGUCUCGAAGCGGUCCCACCAAGCGCAGAGUUCCCUUGCCACCACCCAGGACCAGAACGAAUCGUCCUCGUCGUACAACCAAGGUUACGACCAUACGUAUUCCAGUCGGUCCAACUCGCGCCUAUCCAGCAGCUACGAUUACGAUUGUUCCUCGAGUAACGACAGCUUCAUGGACUACUUCAUGAACAAGAAGAAACUGAUGGCCAGCGGUUCCGGUUAUCUGAACCAGGACCAUCCAUCGGCCGCGUCCGGUUCCGGCAGUGGCCGGAAGUUCCCCGACUACAACCGCGAACUGCUGAAUCACACCCCGGACAGUGGAAUCGCCACCGGACCGUGCAGUUCCGUGUCCACAAACGGCGGACUUCCGUCGGCGACCAAAUCGAUUCCCGGUGGCACUCCGGGCGGAGCCUCCAGCACUAACGGAAACUACCUCCCAAUGGAGGCUCGGCCCGGUACAAGUAGCAGCGGCGGAACCGGAGGUCAAGCGGCCAACGGCAACGGGCUGGUCGAUCUGGGUACCAAACUGUUCCAGCAAAAGGUGGCCCGGGUGAGGAAAAACUACCGCAAGCACUUCUGUGAUGACUCGGAUAGCGAGUGAGGGGACUGAGUAAGGACUGGAUUCGUUCUUUAAGUAUAACGCCGUCGUUACGUGAUUUUUUAAAAGUAUUUAGUAGAUAGCUUAGUGGUCUUAUCUCUGAUUUAAGAUUAUUUUUUAUGAUGAUAAGUUUGAAUUGGUUUUGCUUUUUACCUAAACUCAAUCUUUCGAACAUGUGUCGUUAAUUUCAUUUAUCGGAUUUAUUAUCUUAUUUCAACUAAAAGUAGUUCGUAUUCCAAUACUUGUACCAUUUAGGAAACUGCGAUAUGAAAAAAGUAAAGGUUGCAAAAACUAAACAUUUCACAAUUAUAAGUGGCAUAAGAAUAAAAUUCUUUCAACUAAUUGUCACCGAGUAGAGAAUAAUGAACAAGAAACUAAGAGAAUAUAACACUAUAGCACUAGGCGACAAAAUCAAAACGUUUUAUACGCAUUCUGACAAUUUGCAAUGAAUUUAAUAGAUUUUGAACCACUGUUUACAAACGUGUUCUCAUAAUUUUCGUAGCACGUACAGUUUUUGUGAAAAAUAGGUUUUUAUUCACAAAGGCAGUGCUUCGGAAAGUCGAGUGGGUUUCGGAAGCCCAAGCAAGCAGUUUCGAGGGUCAAAAUCAAUCGAAUACAUUGCGAAUGGUCAAAGUGCGUGAACCAGUAGUGUUGCCUAGUGCAAUGACAAGAGACUAACGUUUACUAUCAAAGCAAAACCCUAAUAUUAGCGAGUACGAUGUGUUUAAGUGAUAAAUCCUCAAACAGCAAACAAUACACAGGCACAGUAGGAAACCAAGGUGCAGAAGUAGACAUUUUACCAAUUUACAAUAGACAAUUAUCGAACCUAAUCAACAGCACAUACAAUUUGAUAGAGACACACACACUUCCAUACAAAUUUUGAGAAGGAAAGUUCUAACCGCAAAUCAUAGAAGCAAAACGUGUUGUAAGCCGUAUUCCUAAGAAUGAUUGUUACAAUUCACACUUCAUCUUAUAUGCGCAUUACAUAAAUAACCCAUCGCUGUGUACAUUAGGAAACCUACCCACACAACAACUAAUCAAACAAUUUUUACGUGUAUGCGUGUGUGGUUUAGGAAUUAAUACAAUAAAAACUAUAGCAUGUAAUCCGAGAUUUACAAAAAAAAAGCAGAAAAUAGGAAUCAGAACAAGAAUUGCUGCAAAGCUUGUCGCAUUAUAAUGGACGUAAAAUUACAAAUGAUUGAAAUAAAGAUACAGAAAUACUUUACA